AUGGUUUUCGCCCGGGAGUACAGAACAGAAGCCAGAUCCAGAAAGCCAUCGCAGAGCCAGAGAUCGAAAUACAGGCCAGAAGCCAGAUCCAGAAAGCCAUUGCAGUGCCAGAGAUCGAAAUACAGGCCAGAAGCCAGAUCCAGAAAGCCAUUGCAGAGCCAGAGAUCGAAAUACAGAGCAGAACCAGAUCCAGAAAGCCAUUGCAGAGCCAGAGAUCGAAAUACAGGCCAGAAGCCAGAUCCAGAAAGCCAUUGUAGAGCCAGAGAUCGAAAUACAGAACAGAAACCAGAUCCAGAAAGCCAUAGCAGAGCCAGAGAUCGAACUACAGAAGCAGAAGCCAGAUCCAGAAAGCCACUACAGAACCUACAAACUACAGGAUCACUUGCACAGCCAUUCCAGAACCAGGAGAGCCGCAACGUCCAGAAACAUAAAAAAAAACCGUAA